UACUACGAGCUGACCUGAAUCGAGCAGUGUUUGUGCUGUUGCAGCUUCACAAGGGAUCUCGCUUGUGUGAAUAAUUUUUAAAUAAAUCGUGUUCAUUCCUCGCGAAAUAUAAAUAAUAAGAUCGCAGGAUCUUUAAAAAGGAAUUCAAGGAACCUGGAAGAAACAUUCGCAGAAGCAUCGUCCUAUUUAUCGUGCGCGUUGUCGAGCUGACACGUAAGCAACAAGGUUUCUCAUUGACGUACAAAGUACUCCAGGCGAAAGGAUGAGCAAGCAGCACACGAGGAGUGAGGUUGCCAACAGCAACGACAAGGAUAAGACUCUGAUAAUCGUGCACGACAAGGUGUACAACGUAAAGAGCUUCUUGAACGAGCAUCCUGGCGGAGAAGAGAUCCUGUUGGAACACCAGGGUAAGGAUGCUUCCGAGGAUUUCGACGACGUGGGCCACUCUAAGGAGGCGUUCGAGUUGAUGAAGAAAUACCAGGUCGGCGAGUUGAUCGAGUCGGAAAGGUCGAAUACGACCCCGAAGCAAAAUUGGGGAACAUCGAACGACUUGAAAUCGGACAACCAGGAUCAAGGAAUGUCUUCGUUGGUGGCGGUAGCCUUUUUCGUCGUCCUCGCUGCUAUCGCCUACUACGUUUAUUUCUAAUUAACCCUUUCGCUGCCAUCACGCGCCAUUAUCAAUGCCAAACGUUCGCUGGUGAUAUCGCGAGCACAGCAGCAGAACUUAGAUUAUAAUUUAAGCGAGAACAGGCAAAUGUACGAAGAAACUUACAACUUGUUAGUUGUACGCGAUCGAUACCUGAUUGAUUGAUUUACUUCUGCCUUUCUGUGGUUCCUUCUAAUUUUCCAGGAAUAUUUUAGGAUAUUUGUAAAAUAGGAGUUGCGUUCUUGCACGUUGAUGUGAUUGAUAUUGUAUCGAGGAAGAAAUAUAGCUAGAAAUAAGCGAUUCUUCUCUAUGUAAUGACUGCGUCAGAGGUUUUUAAGGUCUGUUAUAUUAAGUCAUAUGCGAUGUAUUAGCGAAAUAAAUGCACUUUUUACGUUUA